CUUCCCAACAAGACCGCCCUCAAGAUGCCGAACAUCUUCAUCACUGCCGCACCUGUGGGUUCCAUGCCUCGCUACCUCAACCCAUGCGAACCGAAAUUUAUCCCCUUUCACUUCCUUCAAACCCACGCUGCUCUCCAAACAGCCAUCUCAAACAGCAAAGGAUGGGAGAAAUGCACCAGCGGCGGUCUUUUGAUCAGUCAAUCAACGAAUUUCCUUCACGGUAUGGAGUCUAUGGAAAGCGAUGAUCAAGUCACCCAGUUCAAAAGUCCUUUCGUUAGGCGGGAAAUCCCAGCUUCAUGGUUCGUCAAGAUAAACUCUCAGACAAUUAUCAAGAAACUCGUCUUGCAUCUCACAAGUCAUGGUUGGGAAGCAGGAGACAAGAAUAAUCUGUUCUGGAAACACGGAGAGUUUGUUGAAGCCUACAUUCCACCUUCACUUGUAGCCAAUAUCCGCAUUUACCCCGGAGCAAUCGGACAACUGCUCCUUCUUGGCUGGAAAGAAGCUGGUCCCGGUUACUACCAACACAGCAAAGGCACUACUCCGUACCUCCCCAUCACACCCGACGCUAUCAUCACCGAAUCAUUGAAAGCGGCAUUGGAAGGUGCUUCUAUUAUCCACCUACAUACGAGACAACGAGCCGAUAUGACCACUUUCUCGCUCCCUUGGUCAGACUUACCAAUCACUCUAGGCUGCCAAACAAACAAAAUCGUCGUAGAAGAUUACGAGGAAAUCAUCCCCGCUUUACGAGUUCUCUGCCCCGCCGCGAUUCUAAACGUAUCAACCUCAGUCCGGGGCGGUGGAGACGCCGAUGGUCCUACACGUCGAGCACAUUUGAAAAGUUAUGGCGAGUUUCGUGCUCCAGAGAUAUGCACUAUGAGUCCAGCUGAAGUACUUUUCCAAUCCGGAGGUGGAUAUCAGAAUUCGGAUCACUUUCUGACAGAUCAGCUUUCUUCUUGUGUUGAGAAUUGGAUUCGUCCUGAGAUUGAAGUAUUCAAUCAUACAAUCUUGGACAAAACGCUUGGAGUAUUCAAAGAACGCUUGUUGGCAGCAGGAACACCGCCUAUCCUUAUGCUCGUUGCGGGAAUCGAUCAACAUCGGCGUAAUGGGAAUGCACUUGAGGAUGAUUCGUUGAUCCCCGUCGAGGAGAGGAAAGAAAUUUUCUCUUUACUUCAAGAUGAAGAGGAUGAAAGAGCGCUAGAGAUGGCGAUGGCGGCCUUGAAGCCCAUCGUUGAUGAGAUCCGGGAAAAGUUGCCUGAAGCGAAGAUUUCGAUGCUCUUGCCGGGACUGAUGCAUUGUCUCCUGGCGAGACUGGCUUUCAAGAUGUCUCUUGAUGGAGUUCGUAUCGGAUUGGAAGAUGGCUUGAGCGUUUACGAUUCUUCUGUUCCGGGUGGGAUUCGGAAGGGGAGGACUUGUGAGCAAGUGAGAAAUUUGAGGGAGGAGUUGCAGGGGCUUGGAUUUAAGGUACUGACUGCGGAAGAGACUCGAGAUGUGUUGGAUAUGCCAAUGUCGACGCAGAUGCUGUCAUAGUAGCUUGCUUUGGACGGGGAAGUACACAUCUUGGGUCAGGAAUGUAUUUGGUGAUGAUUGGUCAUUGACUCGAACUAGUACAGAGUGGUAUGCGGUGAAAUGGCUGAGAGAGCGGGCGUUCUCAGAUGUAAAACAGAAAAGUCCAUAGGUCUGAAG